GCGGGUCACCCUGACAGGCUGCAGUGUGGGCUGGAGGUGGGGGGUCAGCUCCUGGUGUUGGACCUGGAGAAGAACCAACACCUCAUGCCCAGACCCCCCAACAUCUUCUUCUACCUCCCCAACGGAACCGGGGUGUCCAUGACGUCCGACCCUGUGACUCACUGUUAUUAUCACGGCAUCGUCCGAGGGUUCCCCCAGUCCAGAGUGGUCCUGAGUACCUGCUCCGGACUGCGCGGCAUCAUCGUCCUGAACGCCUCGCUGAGCUUCGAGCUGCAGCCCCCGUACGACCAUCAUCAUCAUCAGGAGGAGGAGGAGGAGGAGAACAGGCCAGGAGGUGGGAGCGGAGGAGGAGGAGGAGGAGCAGAUGAAGAAGUUUGGCUGUUUUCCAGCAGUCAUCUGGAGGGCGACGCCUCUAAAGGCUGCGGCGUGUCGCACACCUCCGACCCCCCCGCCUACAACUGGACGCACACACACCGGACAAAGAGAGACAUCCUGUCUGAGACCAAAUACAUCGAGCUGGUUCUGGUGGCGGAUCACCAGGAGUUCCUGAACUACCAGAGGAACAAUAAGACCAUCAUCUACCGCCUGCUGGACGUGGCCAACCAGGUGGACUGGUUCUACCGGCCCCUGAACGUCCGCGUGGCGCUGACCGGUCUGGAGGUCUGGAGCGACCGCAACAAGAUCCAGGUGGAGAAGAGUCCCACCGACACCCUCAACAACUUCCUGGAGUGGAGAACCAGAGACCUGCUGCCGCGCCUUCGCCACGACAACGCCCAGCUGAUCAUGGGGGAGUCCUUCGAUGGAACCACGGUGGGCAUGGCGUCCCAGUCCUCCAUGUGCUCCAGAGACCGGUCGGGUGGUGUUAAUGUGGACCACCUGGUCAGUGUUCUGGGCGUGGCCUCCACCGUGGCUCACGAGCUGGGUCACAACCUGGGGAUGAGACACGACACCGCCGAGCGCCGCUGCUCCUGUGACAACGAGCCGCGCCUGGGAGGAUGCAUCAUGGAGCCGUCCACCGGGUUCAUGCCCGGCCAGCUGUUCAGCAGCUGCAGCGCCGCAGACCUGUCCGUCAGCCUGCUGCACGGUGGAGGUGUGUGUCUGUUCAACGUGCCGCAGCCCGAGCGUCUGAUGGGAGGACCUCGCUGUGGUAACCUGUACGUGGAGAAAGGAGAGCAGUGUGACUGUGGCCUGCUGGAG